AUGGGAUCCUCGAAGGUGCGCAAGGAGGAGGCGGAGCUCCGUCAGAUCGCCAAACGCGCGCGCGGGGUUCGAAAAGAGGCCAAAAAGCGUGCGGCCUCGCAGAAACGCCGCGAGGCGCGGGGCAGCGCCGCCGCGGAGGGGGCGAAGGAUGUCGAGGUCUCCCUGAGCUCAAUUCGUCUGCGGAACCGGCGGAACGCCGUCGUGUUGGCGGGGCGGGAGGUCGAGCGACUUCAUCAAAAACUUCGAUUGCCGAAGUUGUCCGAGGCGGGGGAUUCAACCGCCGCCGAGCCCUCGCGGACGUCUUCCACGGAUUCCUCCGCGGCGGGGGGGUACCCAACCCCCAACCACCACUUCGAGAUUCACCACAAACGCAAGGAGGUGCUGGUGGAUGUUGUGCUGCACCACAUUCCCCCCCAGAAGAUCGACCUCGCGGGGACGACGGCGACGCGGCUGGUGGUGGACACCUCCGGGCACACCAAAAAGUACCGACUCGAUUUGCCCAUGCCGGAGGGACUUCGCGUCGACCACGACAAGGGCGCGUACGAAUUCGAGAACGGCGUCUUGCACUGCCGAUUGCCCAUUUUGAACGAGGACCUCCCGGCGGGGCUGCAAAACGAGUGGGAGGUGAUUCAGGACAAAAUUCGCGAACAGCGCGCGCUGCGCUUUCGCGUGAACGCCGAGGGCGAUCUCACCGUCCGGAUGCGGCGGACGGUACUGGGGAAACCCUCCGCGAGUUCCCCCCGACUUCUGCCCUCACAGGGCGAUAAACGGCCGAGGGAGGAACUUCCCAAUCAGGCGAAUACGUCCGAGGAGGAAAGCGCCAUCGCAGCGGAGGCCUCCUCGGAGUCUGCAAAGGUCCCUGAAGCGAAAUCCACCUCGGCGAGUUCGAGCGGAAAAGCAAAGAAGGCGAGAGCGGAGACCCCCGGGAAAGGCGCCAUCGAUAGCGCGAAGAGUAGCCCCAGCCCUCAUCCCAACAACAACAACAACAACCCUAAAACUAAUGCUAAAACGGAUGUCUUCGCCGAGGAGCACGCCAAGGCGAUGACGAUCGCCAAGGCGGUCUCCGAGGGGGUUCGUCAUUCCAUCCGGGAGAAGGUCCAGCUCGCGAAGAAACUUCAACAAAAGCGGCUCGAACGGGUGAAUGUGCGGAGUGCGCGGCAGGAGCGGAGAUGUCUUCGUGAGGCCGAGUCCUUCCAACGCGUUCUCGACGAGCAAAAGCGUCAGCUUAUGGAGCAGGCCGCGUUGACGGGCUCCGCCGAGGCGACGUCGCGAAAAAAAGAACAGGCACGGAAGGACACCCAACGGCCUUCGAAGUCGGUUUCGUUUAAAGAUUAA